AUGAUGUCAAGCCAGGGCCGAGAUCAAGCUCAUGGUCUUCCACCAUACAACUCUUUGGAAGGAUUCGAUGAUUCAAUGCAUUCCGAGUCCAAGGAGUAUUUGCUUCUUCCCGAACAAGCCGAUGAACCAGGCUUCGCCGUUGCUUCUACAUUAACACGAGGCCUGCAAGUCCCUUCACGGAGCGCUACCUGCUCCUCCGGAUUUGAUUACCCGGAAGAAUUGUCGCAACACCGAAUCUCAGAAAAGCAAUGGAGUCAAUUCACUCAAGUCAUCCGUGAUGAAGCAAAACUCUCCCGACAACAGUGGACCACCGUCAUCGGCAAGGGUCUGGGAACGCUCGCGAUAGGCGGCUUGAUGGUCGGCUUCUUCGGUGCUAUCCCGGCAGUCCUCGUCGCACGUCACAUCCGAAGACGAAAGGAGAAGCGCAAUUUGAUUUCUGCGAUGGAAGGGGAACAGGGUGAGCGUCUGGCUCACCAUAUUUCGUUCUGGAACGAGAACUUCUUCCAGCCUCGCGGACUCUUGAUUCGUGUCGAUCUGCCAAAUGAGCUGCUGGAGGAUAUGAAGGACAUGGACCUGCACCUGGAGGGCUUCGAACAGUCUGAUCCAAGGGCCCGUGACCGAGCCGCUCUGAAGGCACGCAUUGUCAUUAUUCCAGUAGAGGAGUCUGCACCGCUAUCAAGAAGCGAUUCGGAGACAACUUUAAGGGCCGAAUGA